GAGGAUCUGUUCUCCCUCCUGAUGGCUCUGCUGGUCUCACUUCCUGGACGGAUUCCGGACAUGGCUUGGGUCCUGCUUCUGCUGCUGCCAGCAGCCUGCCUGCAAGCUGGGAACCCAGAAGGAUCCAACAGAGAAAGUCUGUAUGGACUUGAUCAGCCAACACACGUCUCUGGUGUCCUGGGCGGCUCCAUCGAGAUCCCCUUCUUUUUCUAUUUCCCCUGGAAAUUGGCACCAGAUCCACAGAUGAGGAUUCUCUGGAGAUGGAAGCACUACCAUGGCGAAAUUAUCUACAACUCUUCCUCGGGUUUCAUACAUGAGCAUUUCAAGGACCGGCUCAUCCUGAACUGGACACAGCCUCAGACAUCUGGAGUCCUCAGAAUCCUAGACUUGAAGAAGAAGGACCAGACAGUGUACUUCUGCCGAGUUCAUCUGAAAACGACAAAUCGCAUGAAGGGUUUUCAGUCGAUCGAUGGGACCCAACUCACCGUCGGUCCUGCAGUCAGCACCACCGUGCAGAGCCCCUCCAUCGUCACCUCUGCAGUCACCAUGGCUGGACUGGAGGACACAGAGGGCCAGAGGAAUCGUUCUCUUGUGUACCUGGGAGCCACGGUUGGGGUGGUGGUGGCCACGGCUGUGCUCAUAACCCCCGUCUAUGUGAUGCUGAUCUUCCUCUGGUGGAAGAAAAGGCCAGCAGACUAA